AUGGCACCUCAUUUUUUAUUUCCAGAGAAUCUUAAAUCCUUAGAAGAAGAAAACGAAGACAACCGUCUCUACGUUCUCAACCCAACCGACGUCGCUUCUCUUCGUCUUCCCGAACUCGAAGAAUUCGUCAAAGGUGUAUCGUUUGACUUGUCGGAUAAAGAGAUAUUCUGCAUUGAAGAGCAAGAAGUGUUUGACCGCGUGUAUUCAUUAAUUAACGGAUUUUCUAGUCUAACCCCAUCUGGUAAAGUCAAUCUUGUGGAGAGUCUUCGGUCAAAUCUAAGUGUUUUACUCCCAAAUGUGGAUUCUCUCUUGCGCGUUUCUCAAGGUCAGGAUGAUGAUAAUGGCAACGAGAAUGAGAAUGAGCCUCCUCCACUGCUUGAUCGAGUUACUUCAUAUCGAAAUGCUCUUAAAAUUUACACAUUUUUUCUCUUUAGUAUUGUUCUCGCUGAGGAGUCAAGGGCUAGUUCCAAUAACAAAACUAAGGUGACAUUGACAAAUAAGAAGAAACAGCUGGUACAUUCAUGGAAUUGGGAACCACAGAGGGGUCGGAUACUUAAUUUGAUUGCUAAUUCACUAGAGAUCAACCUCGCGUUGCUCUUUGGAUCAAUGGACCCAGAUGAAAAUUAUCUUUCUUUCAUUACAAAAAAUGCAUUUGGUUUGUUUGAGAACGCAACACUUCUGAAGGAUUCUGAGACAAAAUAUGCUCUUUGCCGAAUAAUUGGGGCUUGUGCUACAAAAUAUCAUUAUACAGCACAAUCGUGUGCUUCAAUCAUGCACCUAGUUCACAAAUAUGACUAUGUUGUUACCCCCAUGGCUGAUGCGGUUGCUGGAGCUGAGAAGAAGUAUGCUGAUGGCUCCCUUGCCAGUUCUUUGAUCAGAGAGGUUGGGAGGACUAAUCCAAAAGCUUAUGUGAAAGACACUGUUGGGGCUGAAAAUGUUGGGCGUUUUCUUGUGGAGCUUGCAGAUCGACUGCCAAAGUUGAUUUCAACUAACAUUGGGGUCUUGGUUCCACAUUUUGGAGGAGAAUCUUACAAGAUAAGGAACGCUCUUGUUGGUGUUCUAGGAAAGGUGGUGGCAAAGGCAUUUAAGGAUGUUAAGGGUGAAGUCAGUUCUAAAUCAAUGCGUCUCCGCACCAAGCAAGCCAUGUUGGAAAUCUUGCUCGAGCGUUGCCGAGAUGUUUCUGCUUAUACCAGGAGUCGGGUUCUUCAGGUUUGGGGUGAACUAUGUGAAGAACAUUCUGUUUCAAUUGGUCUGUGGAAUGAGGUUGCUGCAGUUGCCGCUGGGAGAUUGGAGGACAAAUCUGCAAUAGUUAGAAAAGCUGCAUUAAAUUUACUUAUCAUGAUGUUGCAGCAUAACCCUUUUGGUCCACAGCUUCGAAUAGCUUCAUUUGAAGCAACAUUAGAGCAAUACAAGAAGAAGUUGAGCGGGCUUGAACCAGAAAAAAAUGCGGAAAGUGUUUUGGAUGGAUUGCAAUCUGAUAAAGAUACCUCCGAUGGAGGUGAGGUUGAUAAUGUGAAUGUGGAAGAACCAGGUAAGGAACAGGAGGAGAGUUUAACUGACAGUGUGCCUAAUCGAGAAGAAGGGAUUCCUCAUAAGGAUAACUCAGUGCCAGAUAUUGGGAACUUGGAGCAAACCAGGGCCUUGGUUGCAUCUCUUGAUGCUGGAUUGAUAUUUUCUAAGUGCAUAUCUGCCACAAUGCUUACACUUGUUCAGUUAAUGGCUUCAUCUUCUGCCACAGAUGUUGAAAACACAAUUUUGUUGCUAAUGAGGUGCAAACAGUUUCAAAUUGAUGGUGCAGAGGCUUGCCUCCGUAAGAUGUUGCCAUUGGUAUUCUCUCAGGAUAAAUCCAUCUAUGAAGCUGUGGAGAAUGCUUUCAUUACAAUUUAUUUACGGAAAAAUCCAGUAGAGACUGCUAAGAAUCUUUUGAAUCUUGCCAUAGAUUCAAACAUAGGAGAUCUUGCAGCUCUGGAAUUUAUUGUCGGUGCCUUGGUUUCCAAAGGUGAUAUCUCCACUAGCACAAUAUCAGCAUUAUGGGAUUUUUUUUGCUUUAACAUCAGCGGAAUCACUGCAGAGCAAAGCCGUGGAGCUUUAUCAGUUCUUUGCAUGGCUGCAAAAUCGUCCUUUGGAAUUCUUGGCUCUCACUUGCAAGAUAUUAUUGAUAUUGGCUUUGGUCGCUGGGCUAAAGUGGACCCUUUGCUUGCCAGGACAGCAUGCAUUGCCAUUCAGAGAUUGUCAGAAGAGGACAAGAAAAAGUUGUUGGCUAGUAAUGGCAGCCGUGUGUUUGGUAUCUUAGAGAACUUAAUCGCUGGCUUUUGGCUUCCAGAAAACACAUGGUAUGCUGCUGCUGAUAAAGCAAUAGGUGCCAUAUAUACCAUUCAUCCCACUCCAGAAACCCUAGCUGCUGAUCUUGUGAAGAAUUCUCUUAGUUCUGUUUUCAAUUGCAGUGGAGGAGAUGACUUGCAGAAUGAUAUUGAAAUUGGUAGCACAGAUAUUCUUACAACAGUUCAAGUUGCAAGAAUCAGUAGAUAUUUAUUUGUCGUAAGUCAUGUUGCCAUGAAUCAGUUACUAUACAUAGAAUCCUGUGUUCGCAAAAUCCAGAAACAAAAGCUGAAGAGGGAUAGAUUGGAUGCUCAGGGACAGGAUGCUCAUGAUAAUGGGAUAAAACCAGAUAAUACACUGAAGGAUAACAUCAAUGCCGAGUUAGGUGUUUCUGCCUCUGAAGAUGCAAUUCUUGAUACACUCUCUGACAGAGCAGAGAAAGAGAUUGUUUCUGGUGGUUCCAAUGAGAAGUAUUUGUUGGGGCUUUGUGCACCUUUCCUGUCAAAGCUUUGUAGAAAUUUUAGUUUGAUGCAAAAGUAUCCUGAGCUACAGGCAUCUGGAAUGCUUGCUCUUUGUCGAUUUAUGAUUAUUGAUCCAGAUUUUUGUGAUGCGAAUCUUCAGCUUCUCUUCACAGUUGUGGAAAGUGCGCCAUCAGAAACUGUUCGUUCAAACUGCACUAUCGCUCUUGGAGAUUUGGCAGUUCGGUUUCCUAAUCUGUUGGAACCAUGGACUGAGAACAUGUAUGCUCGCUUGCGCGAUCCUUCAGUUUCUGUUAGGAAAAAUGCUGUGCUGGUGCUUUCACAUCUCAUAUUAAAUGAUAUGAUGAAGGUUAAAGGUUAUAUAAAUGAAAUGGCUAUAAGAUUAGAAGAUGAACAGGAGAGGAUUUCAAAUCUCGCGAAGCUUUUCUUUCAUGAGCUGUCAAAGAAAGGAAGCAAUCCUAUAUAUAACUUACUUCCAGAUAUGCUUGGCAAAUUAUCCAACCAGGAGUUGAAAAGGGAGACUUUCUGCAACAUCAUGCAGUUUUUAAUUGGGUCCAUCAAAAAGGACAAACAAAUGGAGUCUCUUGUUGAGAAGCUUUGCAAUAGGUUCAGUGGAGUGACAGAUACUAGGCAGUGGGAAUACAUCUCUUAUUGCCUCUCCCAGCUGGCAUUUACUGAAAAGGGAAUGAAAAAACUCAUUGAUUCAUUUAAGACGUUUGAGCAUGUCCUGUCUGAGGAUUCUGUCAUGGACCAUUUUAAAAGCAUAAUUAACAAGGCUAAGAAGUUCGCAAAACCAGAACUUAAAUUGUGCAUUGAGGAAUUUGAGGAGAAGCUUGCUAAGUUCCACAUGGAAAAGAAAGAACAAGAAGUGACGGCAAGAAAUGCCCAAAUUCAUCAGCAGAAGGUUGAAGGCGUGGAAGGUUUUGCGAUGGCUAGAAAUGAAGGAGAAGAGAGUGAAGGAUCUGAUAUUAUUGAAGAUGGUAGAAUUGAUGAUCCAUCCACGGAAGAAAUGGCUCAAUCAUCAGAUUCUGAGGUCAAUAGGUCAGAUGAAUAUUCAGGCACCUCAAGCGAGGUGACAGACAUGGAGUCUAUUGGCACUGAAGUGCAGUCAAAAGGGUCCUCCAAAUCCAGAGCUACGGAAAGCAAAGUGAAAGGUCAAAAGGGUGAUAUUUCUGCAUCGACUAGAAGAUUCACCAGGUCAAAGCAAAGAGCUGUUGCCCAGUUAAUGUUUAGUUCGGGCGUGACCGCUAUCAGGUCUGUGAAAGUAUUUGACAAGUUUAUAUGUGAUCAUGCAGAUAGAAGAAAGAGUAGGGGAGCUUGCAGAUCAAUCUUUGUUUUGCUUUCCACAAAUGGAGAAAAGUAA